AUGAAUAGAUUAAAUAAGUUUGCAUUUAGCAAAAAGCUAAAUAAAAUUAUUCAGACUGAAGCUGAUAGGGAAAGGAUAAGAAAAAAUGUUGGAGAAUCUGGAACAUACGAAGAGAAUGGGAAGGCUUAUUAUUAUAGGGAUGGCAAAAUAAACAAGUUAGAUUAUGUAAAGAAUGAAGAAUUGAAAUUGCAAGCCAAAUUAGAUCCUUACAUACAAGACAAGGAGACAAAAUAAUAAUUGCCCUAUUUUGUGAUAAGUGGACUUUUGGCUGUCUUCUUGGGAUCUGUAUUUUUGAGAUCACUAAAGAAACCAAAGAAGCAAACAGAAGAAGUCGAUAAUUCCAAUUACGAAGCCAACUAUUAAUAGGCUGUAAAAGAGUAGGAGGAGUAUGAUGAGAUGAUCAAACAGGAGAAAUUGAAAAAGUUUAGGGAGUAAGAGAAUAAUGAUAUGAAUAAAGACAUGAAAAAAAGAGAUUUUAAGUGA